GAAAUCAGAACAUGCGAGGAAGCAGUCAAGAGCAAGACAAGCAAAGCACACGCGAAGCCAUUCCAGGAUGAUCACCCUCUUAUACCAGAUCCCAGCGCUCAUCUUGGCACUAUGGCUCUUCACCGCGUAUAUGACAAGAUCAUUCCCAACCAUCAUGGGCAAGCGCAUCUGCCUCGUCAUCGCCCACCCGGACGACGAAGCAAUGUUCUUCGCGCCAACACUUCGCUACCUCUCCAACCCGGAGCUCGGAAACCAAAUCGUCAUCAUCUGCUUCAGCAGCGGUGAUGCCGACGGCCUAGGACACAUCCGCAAAAAGGAGCUCAUAGACUCAGCACUUUUACUCGGAGUCCGCAAACCAGAGCACGUCUUCGCGAUAGAAGACAAGAAUUUUCCAGAUUCAAUGACAGCAACGUGGGAUGCGAAAUUGAUCUCGCAAACGCUGCUCAAAGCCUUCGCUCCCAAUGCUAGCAGUACGCCUACGAAUAAGGCCCCAGAAGCGAACAUUGAUGUCCUGAUCACGUUCGACGAGGGAGGAGUCAGCGGACAUCCGAAUCACAUCUCGCUUUUACACGGCUGUACGACGUUUUUGAAGACAUUGAUGCAGCGUCAUACAGGGUGGGAGAAUCCGGUGAAGCUUUAUACACUCACGUCAGUAAACAUAGUGAGGAAGUAUAGCAGCAUACUGGACUCGGCGGCGAGCGUUCUGGCAACUGUCUUGGGUUCCAAAGAGAAAGGAGCUUUUCCCAAUCCUUUGCUUAUGGUAAGCUCGCCCGGAGAUGUGAGGAAGGCGCAGCAAGCGAUGACAAAUGCACAUGUCAGUCAGAUGCGAUGGUUCAGAUGGGGGUGGAUUGGGAUUUCUCGAUACAUGGUCGUGAACGAUUUGAAGAAACGGAAGGGCGUGUAAAUAUGGUAAAAUUGCCAUAAUAGAUCAUGGUCUAAAGAGCUCUCCGCAGAAGCACAUCUUUAUGUCAUUAUGACA